AUGGCCGAAGAAGAAAAACCCGCUGUUGCCGUUGAUGCUACCAAGGCUGCUCCCUCAACAGCGGAAGCUGAUUUGACUAAAUACAAGACGGCCGCGGAUAUCGUUCACCAAGUCAUGAAGAAGCUCAUCGAGCUGUCUGUUGAAGGAGCUAAAAUCAUCGAUCUCUGUAUCGAAGGAGACAAGCUGAUUGAGCAGGGCACUGGAGCCGUGUACAACAAGGCGGUCAGGGGCGUCAAGGUUCCCAAGGGUCUUGCCUUCCCAACCUGCAUCUCAGUCAACAAUUGUGUUGCUCAUUUUUCACCGUUGGCCUUCUUGCAAGAUCGUCUUGGGCCUGACGUGUCCUUUGCGGUCCUACUUUUGUUUUUCAGCUCGGAUCCUCAAUCUGAGCAGGUCCUGGCUAAAGACGACGUGGUGAAGAUCCAUGUUGGAGCACACAUCGACGGUUUCGCCUCCAUCAGUGCUGAGACAAUCGUUGUUGGUGCAUCACCCGAAAACCCUGUUACUGGACGCCGGGCGGACGUCAUCAAGGCCGCAUGGCAUGCGGCGGAAAUCGCUAUGCGGACUGUCAAAGUCGGUAACAAAAACUGGGCAGUUACGGAAGCCGUCGCAAGUGCCGCCUCGACAUGGAACUGCAAACCUGUUGAAGGUAUGCUGUCCUGUGAACAGAAACAAAACCUCAUUGACGGCAAGAAGCGCAUCAUCCUCAACCCCAGUGAAGCUCAGAAGCGAGACUUUGAGGCUGUCACGUUUGCUGAGGGUGAAGUGUAUGGUAUUGACAUUCUCAUAUCUUCGGGUGAAGAUGGCAAGGCAAGGAUCGAAGAGUCCCGAACGACGCUCUUCCAACGCGAUUCGGCGAUCACGUAUCAACUCAAAAUGAAGACGUCUCGUGCCGUCUUCUCAGAGGUACAGAAGAAGGCUGGCGCUUUCCCAUUCAACGUCCGUGUCCUCGAGGACGAGAAACGUGCCCGAAUGGGUCUGCAGGAGGCCGUGCAACACAGUUUGGUCAAGCCAUAUGAAGUGAUCUACACUCCCGCAAAUACCUUUGUUGCUGCUUUCCACUUCACGAUUGCACUGCUGCCCGCUGGCCCCUCGCUUAUCACCCACCCACCCAUCUGGUACAAGCCUGAACUCGUCAAAACAGAGAAAGAACUCGAAGAUGAGGAGCUGAAAGCCCUUCUCUCACGGAACUUGCGAGAGAACAAGAAGAACAAGAAGAAAAAGGCAAAGGCUGAGGAGGAAGCCGCAUCGAAGGAGGAGUAA